AUGACGACUGAUCUGGUGAUGACUCCAAAAGAAGGGCAGCGCUCAGAGGGAAUUAUUCGAUUUCCUGAAAAGAAGAAAGAGACCACCCAACGAAAGGAGCAUGCAAAGCAAGAGGAGAAAAGGAAAGAGGAACCAACAAAAGGAGAGAACAAAAAAGAUGAGGAAAAGAAAGAGGAAGAAACCAAGAAAGAACAGCCAAAGCCAGGUGAAGGACGAUUCCUGCCUCAGCUGCUCCAGCAGCUCUUUGAAGAGAAUCCAGCAUCACCUCCUCCACCUCCUGUUGUUUACUUCCGUUACACAGACGACACUCUCAGUUGGUUGGUCAUGACGAUGAGGGAGAGAACAGAGACGCUCAAAGAGAAAGUAAUUGAGGCAAAUGCCAGCAGCGCUCCAGAAAUCAGCCCGCCUGUCACUCCCAUUCUGAAGGAGGAGGAAUACCACAGACUGAAGGAAGAGGAGCAGAUAGCAAAAGAAGAAUCGGAAAAGAAGAAAGCAGAGGAGGCGGCCAAAAAGGUAGAGGAGAAGAAAAAGAAGGAUGAGGACAAAAGGCUAGAGGCAGAGAAAAAAGCAGAAGAGGAGAGAAUGGCAGAGGAGGCCAGGAAGAAAGACAAGCUGCUCUUAGAUAACAUCUUUUCCUGCUUGGACACCCUCUUCCGACCUAUAGGAGAAAAGAUGGAUACUGUGCUGGGAUCAAUCAUAGACCCCUUCACUGAUCGCCGUGACAUCGCUUGGUUGGCCAUCGUAACUGUGGCAUACAACUACAAUCUUUGGUUUCGCUCCACCCGCUUGGCCUUCCCCUUCCAUAAUGACACGGCAAACCGAUACUGGAUAGUUUUUGACAUUCUGAGUGACCUGGUGAAUGUUGUGGACAUUAUGGUUUGGCAGCCUCGGCUUCACUUUGUCGAAGCUGGCGAUAUUAUUAAAGACAGGGCCAUGACAAGGGAACAUUAUCGGAAAUCACCUCGAUUUCAGUUGCGGGUCUACAAUGGAACGGGGACAGCGUACAUGCUCUUCAUUGACGCAUGCAAUGAAGUGUGCAACGACAGCGACAAAUCUAUUGUUUAUUUUCCUGGAGAUUUUGUUGUGAAGAAAGGUGACAUCGGUAAAGAGAUGUGUGUCAUCAAAAGCGGAGCGGUGCAGGUAGUGGGAGGACCUGAUAACAGUAUUGUGUUUGUCACACUUAAGGCUGGCUUUUUUUUUACAAAUAUCUGUCUGCUGCAGUCUGCCAAAGCUGGAGGGAACAGACAGACUGCAAAUGUAAAAACCUAUGGCUUUGCUAACCUCUUUGUUUUGGAGAAAGAUUUGUUUGAUAUCCUGGUGCACUACCCUGAGUCUCAGAAGGUUCUGGCCAGGAAGGGAAGGAAACUGACAAAGGCCAAAGCUCCCACAGGUGUUAAAGAUGUGGAAAGGCCAAAAGGUCUGACUACUUUUGGUCCAAAACCACCAACACCAAAGAUAAUGAAAGCAUUUGCCAACUUGCACAAACUCAAGAAACAACCAGAGAACCAGUGGGAAUAGGUUCAACCGACUGUGGACCGGUAUCAACUGAUCAUGGACAAUUAUUAACACAUUUUAUUUAUUUAUUUAUUUUUUAUGUGUCUAUUUUGUGAAUUGCACUUGAAUAUGCCUAUAAAAUAAUGUGACUGUGUUGAUUGAAGACUCUAAAUUGCCCGUAGGUGUGAAUGUGUGCGCGAAUGGUUGUUUGUUCCUAUGUGCCCUGCAAUUGGCUGGCGACCGGUUCAGGGUGUACCCCGCCUCGCUCCCGAAGAUAGCUGGGAUAGGCUCCAGCAGCCCGCAACCCUAGUGAGGAGAAGCGGAUAAAGAAAAUGGAUGGAUGGAUUGAUGUAUUUUUAAAAAUGUAUGACAAUAGUUAAAAGUGGCCCAAGCAGGCCCUUCUUUGUGUUUUUACAUAGCACCUACAUGUUGGACUCACACUAAUAUACAGAAAUGUAAUAAGGUGUAAGUACAAUAUAGAGUAAAGGUACCAAUGACAGGAAA